UUUGUUACUUUCUCGAUUACUAAAACCCACAGGUACUGGGCAAAGGCAAUUUAUUUAAUCUGGGUGAUGUUGAUUUCGGACAUUUUGCCCACGGGUCCGAAGGCCCGACAAGUCAAUAUAUAUAACUGAAUAGGUGGAAUACCACUAUACCAUGAGACACAAAGACCUGAGAUCCUACAAGUAAUUCAUGGUUAUUGAAUAAGCAAUCCUAUCUUCAACCAUUGUCUCAUUAAUAACAAGAACUAACAUGUCGCUUCCGUCCGGUGUCAGCAUCACUACUGAGUGCAUCGAUGCUUAUAAAGAGCUUUUAUACAAAAGGGGAGCAGGUAAACCUACCUUCGUUAUCUAUAAGAUAUCCGACGACGAACACUCUAUUAUGGUGGAAGAAAGCUCCCCAGAAAAGAACUACGAAGCAUUCCUACAAAGGCUUACGUCUGCGCAUGAUAACGACGGCAAACCUGCACCUCGGUAUGCCAUAUAUGACGUGGAAUAUGACUUGAAUGAAGACGGCAGGAGAGCGACAAUUGUUUUUAUCAGCUGGAUGCCAGGUGUGACGUCUACUCGUAUCCGUAUGCUGUAUGCUUCUACCAAGGAGCAGCUUCGAAAGGCUCUCGAUGUCAAAGUAUCUAUUCAUGCUGACGACUUACACGAUAUUGAAUGGAAAAACAUACUGAGAGAAGCGAGUGGUGGACGACUCUAAGCCCUUCAUGACGCCCCUUUUUAUCACCGUGGAGUGAGGCCUGCCGAGCACUAUGCUCUUUCUUUCAU